AUGGAUAAAGAACGCAGUGAUCUAUGGAGAAAACCACAUCAUUACGAUAACAGAUCAUUUUCUGUUGACGAUGCCAUCAACCGCGGAGGUCUCGCAACUGACGAGAAAUCAGAACCAAUUAAUGAUCCCGUUGCAUUAGGAUUGCAACUAGCCGGCGUCGGUUUGGUUACAAAGCCAAAGAGACCACACACAGGGCCAUACGUCUCGAAAGCUAGAAAUUUUUCCACGAACGACAUCAAAAGAGCGGACACGCAAAAGUUGAAAUCCGUGAAAGAAGCAUUCAAUGCAGUCGAGAAAUUUGAUUCUAACGUUCAGCCGAGUGAUGUAGCCGUUGAGAACAGCUUCAGAGAACUGAUGGAAAGCCGGGCAUUCUUUUGGGGGAGUGCUCGAUCUGGAUUGGAAAAUUUAAGCUAUAAACGCAAAUGGCAGCUUGUUUGUAAGGAACGACUCAUGCGUGGAGGUGAUUUGCAAGGCCAGAAAAUAAAAAGUGCUGCUACUCGUGAAUCAGAUGAAGCUCUAUUCGACGCCUUGAAGUCAAGAUUGAGCUCUAAUGAGAACAUCGCCAACAAUCUGUAUCAAGUAGAAAAGCUACUACGAAGAUCCGAUAUCUGUCAGUGGUUUCUACAACUCGGCGGAUCGACUCAAUUGGCAGAAGCCUCUGAUCUACUGCAACCGGAUGAUACUUACGUGUAUCUACGAUGCUUCAAAACUUUGAUGAAUCACGAAAAUGGAAGGCUAGCAAUAGUAGCAAACCCUAAAAUUAUUGAGUAUCUAUGCUCGACGUUAAUUGAAGAGAAUAGACAUUUAAGGGUUAACCUCCUAAGCACAGAGCUCUUGCUAUUACUUACUUACGUCGAAAAUCGUGGUGGCCGUGACACAGUGGUUCAACACCUGGAUUCUCGUUACUCACAAUGGUUUGAUACUAUCGAAUCCAUACUAGAAAACAAUAACAAAGAAGAAGUUAGAACGAGAGUUUUGUCAACAUUCAAACCACAGCAAUUGCUUAUGGACUAUUGCUUGACUUCUAUGUUUCUCAUCAACUCAAUUUUACAAGUAACGUCCUCGGUCAAAGAAAAGCUCUGGUUUAUCAAAACCCUUCAAGAGUCAAAAGUGCACCGGCUUUUUCAUCUCAUGGCUAAACUAGAAUACCAAGAUUUGGAUGACGAAAUUGAAAAAUACAGAUCUACUGAGGAAAGUGUGAUUGAAGAGACAAGCCCGGAACUACCGCAAUUUGUUGACAUCUCAUAUGGACAGCAUUUAAAUGCUGUGGUACAGCGAACACAUCAUAAUCCACUAGAACAUCCAAUGCACCAAAUAUUCGAGUUUUUAUCGCAGACACUUACCACACGAACUAUGUCAGAUAGUUUGAAAGUUCUGACACUAUUUCGCUCAAUUUUGAGCUACUUAAAAGAUUAUACUUAUGGCGAGGAGAAUAUUAACAUAGAAUCCAUCAUUAGCUUGUCACUGAACCAAUUAGUGGAUAAUCUUCAGUCAGACGAAAUUGCUCAAAGAGCUCUGGACGAGCUUGCGAACUCGCAGAGAACCCUCGAAGACCUUGAACUAGAAGUAGAGCUUUUGCGCAAGGACAGAAGUAAGACAAAAGGAACUGUCCUUCUGGAACUACAAGAGACUAAACGACAAUUAGCUGACAAAGAAGCCAUCAUAGAGUCUCUUCAAAAGGAUUUAGAUAUCAGCAACCAACAAAGAAAACAUUAUAAAAAGGAAUUCGAUCGAGCUGUGACGCACAAGACUGAUGCGCUUCCUUUGAGAGCGACCACUAUAUCCGCGUUUGAUCAUUUAAAAUCUCGGCCCAAUAAAGAGGGCGCACGAAAACUCACGCGCAACAGCUCUCUUUCUAAAAGCAGUCGGUUCACAUCUCUUUCUAAUUUCGUGAAUCCUCGCGAAGAAGAACGGCUUGUUCCUAAACUAGCCAGCGGAAAACCAUUCAUUGGUCUUCCUAAUCACACCCCUUUUAAUAAUUCUGACGAUGAAGGGCACACUGAAGGGAAGAGGCAUAUCAGUGAUUUGCACUUAUCGUCAAUAUGUGAUCAUAGUAAUGCAACAGGAGCCCGAAGUAAUUUGCCGCUCGAAAACACUGCCUCUGUCGUAUACGGGGUGGAAAGAUCAACUGGCAAAGACACCUGCCGAACGGGAGUCUUAACCGAUGACCUAAAAAUUGUUGAUGGGAUUCAAAGCUCUAAAACGGCACCAGAAGUCGUGGCCCAAGCUAGUGGCCCGGUCCCGUCUUCAAUAUCGCAUUUAUCCUCUGAUGAUGGCAAAUGCUAUCCACCUGGUGUACCUUCAUCUUCUAUACCUCCACCACCGCCUCCACCUUUACCUUCUAAUCUACAGGUAUUUGGACAAAAUGUUUCACCCUCGCACAUAAUCCCGCCGCCACCACCACCUCCACCGUCCUUUCUAAUCUCAGAGGCUCAAACACACUUGCAAAGUUUACCUCUUCGUCCAGAGGCCUCCAUUGCUGGUUUGGGUAAGCCACCGCCUGCUCCUACACUUCCCGAUUUUCUUAGCGGUAAUGAUAGUUCUGUUAAGUCUUGGAAUUUAAGGAAUUCACAAGUUCAAAGCGGCUCUGGGCCUCUUCCUCCUUAUCCUCCUCCGCCACCCCCAUUCAGUUUUUCGAUACCAACGAAGACGGUGUCGUCUCUAAGGCCGCCCAAUUCUUCCUCAGAACAAGUGCGAAUGAAGCAAAUCCACUGGGAGAAAAUUGAAGACGUGGCAGAUACCAUUUGGAAUCAAGAAACAGAAAGACAAGAUGUUGCUCAGCAUUUGAAAAAAACAGGAAUUCUAGAAGAGAUCAGUGAGUUAUUCCAAAUCAAACAGGCAAAUAAUUUGAAAAUAAAGUCUGGCAAUGUUGGGGACAAGGGCAAAGUAUCAAUACUUCCUCGAGAUCUGGCUCAGCAAUUUGGAAUUAAUUUGCAUAUGUUUUCAAGUCUAUCUGUCGAUGACUUUGUGAUAAAAGUGUUACAUUGCGAUCGUGAUGUUGUGCGGAAUCAAAGCGUGCUAGAAUUCUUCGCCAGAGAAGAUUUGGGCAACAUACCCCAAAGCCUUGCCUCGAAGUUUGCACCAUACUCCACAAGUCCCCCUAGUGAGGAAAAACCAGCUGCCGACAGCAGCAAGCUGGAACGCGCGGACCGCAUCUUUUUGGAACUAUGUUACAAUCUGAAAGGUUACUGGAGCGCUCGCUCGGCUUGUCUUUUAACACUGGCAGUUUACGAAAAAGACUAUUUUGACAUCAUGUACAAGUUGCAACGUAUUGACGAUGCUGUCAACACUGUCAGAACGUCCGCGAGGCUGAAGGAUGCCCUAAUAGUGAUUGUCGAGAUAGGGAACUACAUGAACCGCAAACGGGCUUCGGGGAUAAAGUUGAGCUCUUUACAAAAGCUGUCCUUCGUCAAAUCUAGUGCGGACCGUCAUAUGUCUUUUUUACAUGUUGUUGAGAGGUUUUUGAGAUUGAAAUGUAAGACGACAUAUGCAUUUAUCGGCGAUUUGUCGAAAGUGGUUGACCUUGGAAACUUAGUAGUGGGUCAAGUUGAACAAGACUGCCAAGAGUAUAUCAAAAGGAUAACGGCCGUAAAGCAAUCGCUCGAACUGGGCCGUCUCUCGAAUGAUAAACUCUUUCAUCCGGAGGAUCGACUCUUGGUCAAAAUGGGCUCAAAAAUAGCCGCUGCAACACGCAAGGCCAAUCUGCUGCGCAACCAGUGUGCGCUUACGAUGCGGGCACUCGAAAACCUAAUGAAACUCUACGGAGAAGACGCCAGAAACGCAGACUCCAAAAACGAGUUUUUUCACCAUUUUAUCCAGUUCGUCUUGCAGUUCAAAAAAGCCGCUAAGGAAAACCAAGAGAAGGAGGACGUGGAACGCAUCUACAAGCAGCGCAAGGACUUUCUACGAAAUAAGUCAACCGGCCCGUCUAGUCGCUCUAGCGAUUCUGCGAGCGAGGAUGAGGCAGACACUGUAGACGUGUUAAUCAAAAGACUACGGGACGUGAACAAACUUGAGAAACCCUCCUUAAAGCGCAAGACCGACGACCAGCUACUCACAAGAACUCAACACAUGCUCAACAGCAUCCAGAAAAUUUAA